CUGAACUCGACAACAAGCCCUCUCCGGCUGGCCCAUCACAGCCAGUUGUUCUUUUCUUUUCCCUCUCCCUCUUUUUUUUUCCCCCCUUCUGUUUUUUCUCGCCCUCUGGCUCAGUCACAGUGGGAGUGGGUGUGUCGAUGCGGGCCAGUGUAGCCUAGUCGCUGCUUGUGCGCACUCUGAAAAAGAGGAAAAAGUUGAUGAUGAGUUUAGUGUGAAAGGGGCCCGCCUCGGAGCAGGCUAACCGUCCGGGAAUGGCAGUUUGGACCAGAGCGGACAAAAACGGUCAACUAGACCUUCUUCUCCGCGACCGCUGGAUCCGAGUGGCCGCCGAACUGUCCCGAGAAACUCUGACUUUAACGGCCGAAGCGGAGGGAACAGGGCAGGGGGGCAGCAACUGGGACUACAACAACUCUCCGGCAGGCCUGCGAAAUGGCAUGUCGAACGGAAACGAACCGGGAACGAGUCCGGGGAACCCCAGCCGCGGACUUUCCUCGGGUCAAGACCAACUCCAGAACCUCGGGUGUCGGGGGCGCAGCGGCAGCCCGGGGCGCGGGGGUGCCAGUCGGGGUCAAUACGACGGCAACUAUGGUCUAAAUAGCUCCGGAAAGUACCCAAAUAACGGCACAAACUCUGACUUUGGAAGCCCCGGCUCCAGCUACGGAAGUCCCGGGUCCAGCUUCGGGUCGAGACAAGGCGACGUUCCCGUCAGUCUGGACGGCUCCUCGGAAGCUGUGCGCAAAGUCCGAGUUGUCAAACAGGAGUCUGGCGGGCUGGGGAUCAGUAUCAAAGGGGGGCGCGAGAACCGGAUGCCCAUCCUCAUCUCCAAGAUCUUCCCGGGGCUCGCCGCCGACCAGAGCCGGGCUCUCCGGGUGGGUGACGCGAUCCUGUCGGUGAACGGGAACGACCUCCGGGAGGCAACACACGACCUGGCGGUCCAGGCGCUUAAGAAGGCAGGAAAAGAAGUCACGCUGGAGGUGUAUGUGCAUUUUUUUUCCAACCUUGCAAACGGGUAAACCUGCAGAUGGAACAAGUGGGAUCUUCUCUCCCUGUGUUGCUUUAGUCUGCAGAAAUCUCAGUAUUAUCCGGUCCAUUCCAGAGACAAAGUUCAAGGCUUGUUUCCUCAAACCUAAAAUCUGCGACUGAGUUGUGAUAACAUCACCUGUCUUCAAUAUGAACUCAUUUUAAAGGUUUUCAAGCAUGUGAAGAAUGAAGUGCAGUGAUCUUUCUCAUUCUAUUUUGAUUUUAGGAGACUGACACUGAUA